AUGGCGGACAAAAAGUCGUUGUUUGCGGGUAGGACCGGUGACAAGACCGCCAAGCUCAGCAGUGCUCCUAAGAAACGGAGCGGGAACGUGAUGCCGGCUGCUUCAGGCUCUGGAGAGGAGAAGGCCCCGCCAUCAUUCGGAAAGAGCGGCUUUGGGAAGGGCGUGGCAGCCACCCAGCAGCGACGCGACGUCCAGGUCAAGGAGGCCGAAGAAUACCUUAAACAAGCGAACAAGAUGUUGACCAAGACAUUGACACGCUGGAAUCCCGACUUCUUCAGCGCCGCCCCUCUCUUCGAAAAGGCCGGAGCUUGCUACCGCGCCGCCGGCGAGGACGGGAAGGCGACGGCAAUGUUCAUGCAGGCGGGGGACUGCCAGUGCCACGACUCUGUCAUGGCGCAUGCGUCCGCAGCGAAAGACUUCAGGGAGGCUGCCCUUAUCACCGAGAGGCAGGGCAGGCGAGAAGAGGCGGCGGCGUUCUACAUGCGGUGCGCCGAAGCGUGGAUGCACGCGGACGAGCCGGGGAGGGCGGCGGAGUACUUCGGUCGGUCGGCGAAGCUGGUCAAGGAUUCCGACGAGGACGCCGCCGCCGAGCGAUUCGUUACCGCCUCGAAGGUCAUGGUUCCCAAUGGGUCUGAUUCACGGAGCAACUUUACGAGAGUGGUGGGCAGUGUGGAAGUCCUGGUGCAGGCGAUUAUCUUCCUGGCAUCCACGAACCGCCUCGAGCAGAGCAUGGAGGUGCUGUCUCGUUACGUGAUCAUCCUCGAGGCCGAGGGCAUGGAGCACUCGCUGGGCCGAAUGUACCUGACUUACUGCAUCCUGGCGUUGGCCCUGGGAGACUACGUCAGGGCAGACAUGGCCUUCAGGAAUGUGCACCUUCAGAGCACAGCAUACCUUCGGUCGGAGGAGUGCCGCGUGGAGGAGGAACUGCUUAUAGCUUUCAAGGACAGCAGGCCGGACCUGCUGAUGGAGGCGCAGAAAGACCGGACGCUGCACCGUCUGGAGACCGCGAUCGUGCGCAUCGCCAAGUCGCUCCGCGUGCCCGGCGACGAAGACGAUGAAGACGAAGAUAUCAUUCCCGCCCGAGAAACGCCAUCCGGAACGAUCGGCGCCGCGCAAGCCCGCGCUCAAGCCCUCAAGGAAAAAUACGGCGGCGGCGGUGCGACACCGGCGGCGGCAAGGACGGCUGCAUCGCCGCCAUUAGGCGGUGGUGGUGGUGGUGGUGAUGAUGGUGGUAGCGGUGGAGCUGCUAGUGUCCCCCCCGUGCCCCCGCCCCGACCGGCCGUUGCCUCCCCGUCUUCCGGUGCCCCCGGCCCCGCCAACUCUAAGGGUACUUCUGAGCAGGCUUGGCGGACAGAGAGCGACGGAGCAGGGAAGGCAUCGCCACAAGCUAGCGAUGAAGACUCCGCCAGAGGCGCCCUUUUCGGUGGAGGACCCCGUAAAGCGAAACCGUCGCCUCCUACCGCAAGUCCGGCGGCAGACACCGCGGCCGCGAGUUCACCGGUGGCGGCGGCGGCGGGAUCGGCGUGGCCGUCCGGCGCGCCCAAAGCAUGCCCAAUCAUUCCAGAAACGUCUGCUGAUGGACCGGGCGACGCCGAGGUUGACCUCGGACUGGGUGAUCUAGAGGCCAGCCUAGGCACGGGCGGGGGUGGUGGUGACGAUGACUUGGAGGCCAUGAUUGAGGCCGCCAGGAGAGAGGCGGAGGGGUUGGCCCUAGGUGGGGAGGGGGGGGGCGCCGCGGAAGAGAGCGACGAAGAGGAGGAGGAGGAUGAUAUCGAUCUGACCUGAUGAAUUUCUUGUAGGAUUUUAAUUAAGUGUGAAUGGACACACAGCCGGCGCCCUUGAGAGGCGAUACUUUUUUCGUGCCGGGGAGGCCCCGCUCGUUCUGAGGGCCGGGCUCUCGCUGUCUCUCUCUCUCUCUCUCUCUCUCUCUCUCACUUUUACGUACUGCACUCUAAUGUUUUUUUACACGCGGUUGUUGUCUCAAGCCGGGCUUUGACAGCGGCGAGACCGUUUGUUUUCCCCUGGAUCUUUGACUUGUGAUAAAAAUGCAAAGUCUUGUCCUGUGUUUUGAUGAGUGUUUGAUGUAUCCUGUAGUUUUUUUUUUUUUUUCUUGCCCAGUUUUUUUUUCCCUGUCAUCAUCUCGUUGUUUGCGUCUGUGAGGGCGUCCGAGGUUUGCAUGUUGUUUUUUAGGAAUUGCUGCGUACCUUGGAACGAGCUCUUUUUUUUUUUCAUUUCUGAAGCACCUACAGUAGACCGAAAACAGUAUCCUGUGCCAAUCUUAAGCCCACGUAGCCUCUAUGAAGGACGAAGUGUGUUUGGAGCACGUCCACUUUUUUAUUUUUACUAACCGUUUUGUCGUAGACUUUCGUAUUUUAUGGUGAAACAUGGCUCGUGGCGCGCGGGCAGACUUUCCUUCCCUCACGAGUUCUUGUCUCGUAUCAAAAUUUCGUGAAUGCGUCUGCUGAGAACUAUCUGAGAAGAGGCUCAGGUAGAAGAUGGGCAACGCAGGCGUACGGGAGUUCGACCGAGAAGGGGGGGGGGUGGAGGGGGGCAUCGCGCAACAACACUCGCCGGCUUGUUUUGAAUUGCCGUGAAGUGGGUGGCCAUGAACAGGGCCGCCGUGCGUGGAAUGCAUGAUGGGGGUAGGUUG